AAGUAUGGUAUAAACUGGCACGUAGGAUGGGAAAAUGGAAUAAUAUCACACUUGUAUCCCACGCGUAGUUGACAAAAGUUAAAACUAGAAACCAAGUUUACCUCGUCUUAACUUCGGUCUGAAGCUCUCCAAUGGCGUCCUUGUACAGCACUGGACUUGAAUUGGGCAAUUUAUUGCUCGGAUCAGACUUAUUGGAUCAUUCAUGGGAUGCAAUUUCAAAGCUUCAAAAAGAGACCUUUUUAGAGGACCCAUCACUUCCUUUUUCUGUUAGAUACCAACUUUAUGAAUACCCAACAAAGUGUUCUAUUAUUGCUUUUGUAUGCUCACCUAAUUGUUCUGUGAAUCAUUUGCAAGAAGAGUUUAAAGAACUGGUUUCGUUAGAUGGAAUUACAUCCUUUGACUUUCUUUGCAACAAAAGUAGUAGUUCCAUUUCACUUCAUAAGGCUGCUCUUACCCUUUUUGCUUCUCUUGAGAAUGAGCUCUCUCUUCUCAAACAACAGUUCACCAAUAGCCAACCUCUUAUUGUAACUGGACAUUCUCUGGGAGGAUCUGUUGCAUCUCUGUUCACCUUAGGGCUGCUUAAUAGCCUUCCCAGAUAUGGUGUGCAGCGUCUCCUCUGCAUCACUUUUGGGUCUCCACUUCUUGGUAACAAUGGCUUCCAAAAAGCCAUUUCAGAGUCUCAGACAUGGAGCUCGUGCUUCUUGCACGUGGUCUCAAACACAGAUCCAAUUCCAGGAUUUCUGAUCUCGGGCCAUAAUGCUAACUUGACUACCUCGAUCUGUUACAUGCCAUUCGGUACCUAUCUCUUCUGCUCAGGAUCAGGUUUCUCUUGCUUUGAGGAACCACAAUCUAUUCUGGAGUUGUUGAUGAUAAUGAGCUCAACAUGUGCUGAAAGUGAAAAUCUAAAUAACUGCUCUCAGGUUAUUGAUUAUGGACAUAGCUUGGAACAGCUAAAGAGCAAAGCUGUUUGCAGGGGUAUCUCAGAGCUGCCCGACUCAAUAAGUAAUCCACUUCAAGCAGGAACCUAUCUACUGCUAGAAGCAACCAGAGUUGGAAAGUUACAGGAAAAUGUUAACUUGAGCAAUCUUGCAAUGAAUAUUGCAACAAGGGCAGAGGUUCAGGCCAAACACAAGCAAAAGGUUUUUGAUCCCUUCAAAAGACUAAGCAUAACUAAAAAGUCCAUGAGUUACCUUGAAUGGUACAUGAAAAACUCUUUGGAAGAGGCAGGUUAUUAUGACAAAUAUAAGACCAGACGUUCCAGAAGCAGAGACGAGAUUGAAAGCACAGAAAACCUAAUCAAGCAUCACAGAACUCUGAAGCUGUUCUGGAAAAGAAUAGUAACUGAAGUAGAAAAUUUGCCCUGGAAAGAGGGGAGAAAGCUUCGAAAGCGUUGCCUAUAUGCGGCAACAAGCUAUCGAAGGAUGGUUGAACCACUCGACAUAGCUGAGUAUUACGGUAGGGGAAAGAAAGAUUAUGUAAGUCACGGAAGAUCUGAACACUAUAAACUAUUGGAGAAAUGGUCAACUGAUGAAAAUGUUCAUACAUACCAGAGAAGCCAAGCCUCUAGUCUUACGGUUGAUUCUUGCUUCUGGGCUUAUGUUGAGGAAGCUCUGAUCUCUUGUGAAGUGUUGAAGGAUGGACAAAGUAGCCUAGAAGAACAAGAAUCGGCUAGAGGAAAUCUGAUCAAAUUCGAGGAGUAUGUAAUGAACAUGAUUAAUAACUUCUUGGUGUCUCCUGAGAUUUUCUUGCCUCAAAGCAGCUUCAUGCUAUGGUGGAAAGAAUAUUGCAUAGUUGUAGGAAAUUCAUAUACUUCACCCUUGAGUAAUUUUAUGAAGGAUGAGUUUCAUAGAUAUGUUUAAUAAAUUAUAUCUGUAAAGGAGAUUUGAUCAUAAAACAUAUCCUAGUUGUAAGAUCA